AUGCCUAAGAGUUUGAUCCGAAAACGCAUACAGCAUUAUCAGCUGAGCAAAGAGCGUGUGAAUCGGCGAUUAGAAAUGAAGACCUCGCGUCCGGAUUUUAUCUCCUAUAUCUUGAGAUAUAAUGAUGAUCGCACGAUGGAUACUUCAGAGAUCCAGACCAAUGCGGCUCUCAUCAUUCAGGCUGGCAGUGAGACCACGGCUACAGCCCUAGCGGCAUGCAAUUUCUAUCUUCAGAAAAACAGGGACUGCUACACGAAUCUUAUUGAGGAGAUCCGCAACUCUUUCAAGUCUGAGGACGAGAUAACGUUUCUAUCGGUUGCGAAGUUACCGUUCUUGAAUGCUGUCAUCGAAGAAGGCUUGCGGAUGUAUCCUCCAUCGCCAGCGAUUGGACCACGGGUCGUUCCUAAAGGAGGAGCACUGGUUUGUGGAGAGAUUCUUCCAGAAGAUACUUCUGUGUCUGGCGCCCAUUAUUCGGCAUUCCGAGGGGCGUCGAAUUUCGAACAACCCAACUCAUUCAUUCCACAACGUUGGCUUCAGCAAGAUGGCAAAUCCCGGUUCAAAAACGAUAAACGCGAGGCCUUGCAACCCUUUUCAAUGGGCCCACGGGCUUGCAUUGGUCGCAAUCUAACCUAUGCAGAGAUGCGUCUUAUUCUCUGCAAGUUGUUCUGGAACUUUGACAUAGAACUUGAUCCACGGGCGAACAACUGGGAUAAAGCCAAAAGCUACAUUGUUUGGGAGAACCGGCCACUAUGGGUUCGUCUUCGGCGAGCCCGCCAUUUGUCAGGAAGUCGAUAG